AUGGUGAGAUCAAGUACCCCAGAUAAAGGGCGUCCAGUUGUCAAGACAGGAGCUGUUGUGAUAGAAACCGGUACUGGAACAUGUAAAGCUGGAUUUGCUGGUCAACAGACUCCCCAGUCCGUCCUUGAGACUUUGGUUGGACAUCCGACAGAGAAGUCCAUGAGGACUAGAAGAGAUAGAGCGGAUACGUUCGUUGGGGAGCGAGCAAGAUCGGAGCCUGAUCUUGAUAUCAUUUUACCGGUAAGACAUGGCAUCAUCAUAGACUGGGACGCAGCUGAAGUUCUUUGGAGACACCUCUUCUACAAUGACCUCAGAGUUGCCCCCGAAGACCAUGCGCUCUUAAUGUCCGAUCCUCCACUGUGCCCGACUACAAACAGAGAGAAGUUGGUGGAGGUUGUCUUUGAGUCCCUCAACUCUCCGGGAAUGUAUGUGGCUUAUCAGUCUGUGCUGUCUGUCUACGCCCAUGGCAAAAUUAGCGGCUUAGUGGUUGACACUGGCUAUGCUGUGACGCAUACUGUGCCAGUCCAUCAAGGGUACAACUUGCCGCAUGCCAUAGAAAGAAUGGACAUUGCUGGGUCCAACAUGACAUCUUUCUUGAUGGACCUCCUAAAGGACUUGGGGCAGUACUUAGACGACAGCAUGGUGGAUAUCGUUGAUGAUAUCAAACACAAAUGCUGUUAUGUGGCCCUUGAUUUUGAGAACGAAUGGAACAGUCCCAAGAGGGAAUACAUUGUGGAUUAUCAGUUACCGGACGGGCAGGUUAUAAGCUUGGGGAAAGAGAGAUUUCAGUGCCCAGAAAUGUUGUUCAACCCUCCUCAAAUGCCUGGCCUCACUCUUGUAGGACUCCAUGGUAUGGCCCAAAGAAGCUUGAGGAAGGUCCCUGAAGAGACCCGGAAGGAUAUGUAUGAGAACAUCAUGUUAUGUGGAGGGUCAUCCCUCUUUGAAGGACUUGAAAAGAGAUUUACUCAUGAGCUUCUGGCCAAUAUGCAGUCCAGUGCGAAAGUGAAAGUCUCAGCCAUCCCACUGAGGAAGUUCUCUGUCUGGACUGGAGGCUCCAUUCUGGCUUCCCUGAAGAACUUCCAGCCAUGUUGGAUUAGAAAGGAGCAGUACCAUGAGCAUGGGCCGUACAUCGUCCACAGGAAGUGCUACUGA